UUAUCAUCUGCCUCCUAGGCCUGACAAAGUAAGUUGUUUGUUUUGAAUAUAUUUCCUUCAACAAUGUUCACAUUUCACAGUUACCUUACAGUUUCUUGUGAAACUGAAACCCAAUAUCAUACUAUGAAGUACCUACGGUGCCAUCCUCUCUUCAGUCUAGCAGAGAAACUAAGCGUAGAGCAAGGACAACAGUUGUCAGUUUGGCGAAUCACCACACUGAUAUGUAUAAUUGCAAGGAAUGCUUGGGAGGUGUAAAGCUUAUUAAAUCUUUUAACUCAUGCAAGAAGUGAUUGUACCAUAAUGGAGGCAACUGAAAAACUGUACUGUGUAUGCACCUUCUUGCUGUACUUCACAAGAGAAUUUCAAAUUCCAGCAAAAUUGCAUUACAAUUUGCGGUAUGCCCUCAACCUAUAUGAAACUGGCUGGAGUACACCUAGCGAAGGAAACCAGUCUGUCCCCGCUUUAACUCCCGAACAAUCACGGAUUGUGAAUCAUCGAAUAGAAAGAAACCAUUUGAUCAAGAUUGUUGCAUUUGCUGGCAGUGGGAGGACGACUACCCUUCUACGACUUACAGAACGUGUCAACAAAGAGAACCCCCAUUUUAGGUUUUGUUGAUAGUGUAUAAUCGUGCAGUAUCCGACGAAGCUAGCGGGAAAUUUCCAAGCAACGUCGUUUGCAGAACCAUUCACCAGUUGGCUUAUCGCCAUACCGUUGGUCAAGGCCUAUUGAAAAAAAAAGCAACGGGCCACAUCUUCCCAACAAGUUUGAUUAACAGUUAGCACCAAUUAACCCGUUGGCCGCCACCCACUAAUUGUGUAUGUGUA